AUGAUUCCAAGACAAGGCUAUGCGCCAACUCCACAUAGCUAUGUUCCUAAUACCAGUCUAUCUGCAAGUAUAAAUCUUGACGAAGUAUGCUUCCUAUCUUCUGCAGGAUCACUUCAAAUUGCAGCUAACCGCCGGAUAAAGGAAGUCAAGCUCACAAAUACUCGCGCCGAGCGCAACCUUCAAGAAUCCCUCGCCGAGCUCUUCAGCAUCAUCAUUACCAUCGACGAGCUCGAGAAAGCUUUCCUUAAGGAUGCUAUCCCAGAAGCAGAGUACACCGAAAUCUGCGAGCGAUCGCUGAGGCAGUAUAAGGCGCUGCUAGCUGACGAGACGAUCGCCAACGAAUUUGGAGAUUUGGAAACAUUCAAGGCGAAAUGGGAUCUUGAAGCUCCACGCGCAACUGAGCGCAUUCGUGUCGGUAUGCCCUCGACAACUAUCGACCGAGCCCCCUCUGCGCCAACUCCCGCCCCCUCCGCAUCUAACAACACGAGCGGUGUUUUGAUUCUCGAAGCCACACAAGAAUUCAUCACUUUCCUCGACGCUGUAAAGCUCGGUCUUCUCUCUAAGGAUCAACUACAUCCACUACUCUCCGAUGUUAUCCAAUCCGUGAACCGUGUUACAGACCAGGACUUCGAGAACCGUGGCAAGAUCGUGCAGUGGCUCAUCACACUUAAUCAGAUGAGGGCGACCGACGAGCUCAGCGAACAGCAGGCACGCGAGUUAGAGCUUGAUAUUCAGCAGGCGUAUCAGGGAUUUAGAAGGACAUUGACAUAA